AUGCAACUAAAAUCUGAGCGCGCUCCAAGUGGAUUCAAUAUUAACUGGAUCAAUCUGAUCGACAACGAUACUGGAGUAGUAUUGUGGUAUACCAAUGAAAACUACGCGUUGCCUGGUAUAGAACACGAGGCGAUAAUGCCUAGAAAAGUAUUGGAUUGCAGAGCUAUGACCAGAACCAUAAACUUCUCAUCCGAGCAUCGAAUAAAUCAUCUUAAAUUAAAACACAAGGAGUUUUUACAGGGUUCUUGCAUUGAAGAGUGGGAUUCUGAAUUCGGUACUGUCUUAGCCAAAACUUCUGAAACUUGGGAAACGAUUUUUGUACCUAGCCAAGGAAUUACAUCGUCAUCUGCAAAUGUUUUAAGUGGUAAUUUGUUGAUAGAAACAAAUUUCUACGAUGGUGAUAAAUUAAUAACAACAUCAAACAUCUUAAUGUUUUAUGAUUAA